CCUUGUCACGCAUUAGCUGUGUGAAAAGCAGCUGAUAUCCAAGAGAUGUUUCUUACAUGGUUGCUGAGAUCAGAUUAGAAGUUUCAUCUUCCAAGCAGCUGUUAAAACCAGGGCUUCUGGUGAAAGGCAGACGAAAAAGCAGGGAGGAUUCUGAGGUGCACUGAGAGUUUCAGAGGGUAGCUAUAUUGAACUGGGACUUGAAACCAUGGACAGAAGAAGAUAUUUGAGCAGACAGCUGGACCCUCCUGCUGCCUUCAGAGCUCCAAGACCCGGUGGCCCUAAGGGACUGAUCCCGCCAUCACAUUUCCAGAGUCGGUCAGCACCACCCCUAACUGCUCCUGCUGCAGCACCCUUGAGUGCUGCUACUUUACCUAAUUGGGAGGCCCUUGAACUCAGGCAAGAAAAUCAGAGACUGAAGGAUGAACUUUGUAGAAGGGCCCCAACAGGAGAUGUGGCCAGUGGGGGCAGGGUCGCAGACCACACAGAAGACGCAGGAUCCAGAACCAGGUCCCUGGACAGAGAAGCUGAGCCCCCAAACAUGCGUCAUGCUCUGGCCAUGUCCCACCAGGCUGAGAUCAUCUCUCACCAGCUCCAUGAGAUCCAGAGGCUGGAGGCUGAACUUGCUGCCCUGCGAGUUGCGUCGCUUCAACACGAGGUAACAGCAGCCAGUCGGGAAAAUACUCUGUCCCACCUCCAAGGGGAACUGGCAGAGCUCCGAAGGCAAAGCCAGAUGGAGUCUGCGGCCUUGAAGGCAGAGCUGGAGGAAGUCAGCAGGAGCAGGAAACUGGACCUUGAGGCCCUGAAGGAAAAACUAGACCAACUGAGGAGCCAGACUGGCCUAGAAGCCGAUGGCUUGAGAGAAGAACUUGAAUUGGUCAAGGAGAGAUGCACUCGUGAAAUUGGAUUGGCACAGGGAGAGUUGCAGAGGGUGCUUGAAGAGGCAGAAGCUGAGCGUAAAAGGCAGGAGGAGAGAGCCCAAGAGUGCCUACAGACUGUGCUCAAGGAACAUGAAGCUGAGUUGUCUAGACUCUCUGAAGGCCACAAUGCAGAAGUGUCUUCAUUGAAACAUCAAGCACAAGCACUCCAGAAGGAUCUGGAAGCACAGCAGAAGGAAGCUACCCAACUGCGAGAGGAGAGAGAUGUUAUCCAGAAUGAGCUUAGUGGUUCCAGGGCAGAGCUGGCUUCCCAGAAUGCUUUGCUGAUGCAGCUGAAGACCUACGUUGGAGAGCAGGAGUCGAGGAAGCCCUGUCCAGAGCAGGAGCAGCUGAUCAGCAGAGUGCAUCACCUGGAAGAGGAAAAGGAGGCCCUGAAAACAACAGCUGAGCUCCAACAGGUUCGCCUGGCUUCCCUCAGCGAUAUCCUGACGCUACAGGAGACAGAGCUUGCCAGGAAGGCCCCCCUCAAGGAUCCUCUUCAAACUGAAUCAUCUCAGAAACUUCAGUGCCUACUGAGCCGGUGGCGGGAAAAAGUCUUUUCGCUCUUGGUGCAGCUGAAAUGUCAGGAGCUUUGCCAUGUGGACACCACUAGGUUGCUACAGAGGAAGGUAAAAGAACUUGAGGACGAUGUAGAAUCCAAAGACCAGAAGGUGACUGUGCUGCUUCACAGCCUUGAAGACAGGACAGCAGAAGCUGAUAUGGAAAGAGUGAGGAACAAGACUCUUAUGACAGACGCAUCACACUAUAAAGAACUGGCACAGAAACUCCAGCAGAGGGCUGAGGCUGGUGAAAAUGCCCUUCAGGGCUUGGUGGAGGUGGUCAGCAGACUCCACCAACAGCUGACGGACCAGGAAAAGGCCUGGAAAGCUGUCUUGUCACGCCUUCUGGGAUUGGGAAACAGAAUCUCCUUCGCAGCCAAGAGGGUUGACACCAUCCAAGGGCUGGUGUGCCAGAAAAUAGCACUAGCUAAGCUUCAGCAAGGAGAGAAACUUGGCCCUCCUGGACCAGACCAGGACAGACUUCAUCCACCUUACGAAGACAUGCAGACUGAGUUACAGAUGCUGCACGAGGAACGGGACCGGCUCUCAACGGAGCUUAAACGGGGGGCGCAACUUAUUGAAAAGAAGCUGGCUGAAGUGCAGGACAAAGCCGAGUCUGAUCUCAUGGAAAUGAGGGAGACGGUACAGCACCUGCAGGGGGUACUAGAGGCAAAAGUGGUGAUGGAGCAGUCCCUGAGGCAACAGCAGGAGGCCCUGGAGAGGCAGCUGGAGGAAGCACGCAGCAACCUGAGGAAGGCCGAGGAGGCUGCAGAGAGCUCCAGGCAGGAGCUGGGGCAGUUACGAGAGGAAUAUGAGAAAGCCCUGCAGGAGAAGGUGGUGGAAGUGGAAACUCAGCUGCGCCAGGAUCUGUCGGAAAUGGGAAAAAAGCUGAAUGAAGCACAGAGGGAGCAUACAAAGGCGGUGGUUGCCCUACGCCAGGUUGAGCGACAGGCAGCAAGGGACAAAGCCCGCCGUGAAGAGAUGGCCAAGCUGCAAGAUGCUGCCACGCAACAGGAAACGGCCCGCCUUGAAGCACGUCUGCGGGAGCUCGAGAGGGACAAGAACUUGCUGAUGGCCACUUUACGACAGGAAGGGAUGCUGACCCAGUGUCGGCAGAAUAGGCGGGCAGCAGUCCAAGCGUCAGCAGAACUGACUGAGAAGGGAGCAGCUCAAACUCCAUCUAAAGAGUCCCUCUCGGCUGUGCUGAGCGAUCUACAGGUCCUGAGUGCUGCCAUCUUGGAUGAGGAGGCAGCAGAAGAAAAGUUGGAUGAGGAUGGAAGCAGUGAUGGAGACGCCUAGUUGCCUUUCUCACCGAAGAGUUUGCUGCGGGGAGAGGGAGAUGAGAUGUAUGCAUUUGGGGCUGAAUAGAAGAUUAGUACUUUGUAAUAAAUAUUAUUUUAAUAGGC